AUGGAUAAAGAAUUAAAUAAGCCAUCAUUUAAAGAGGAGGAACCGGCGCGUCCAGCGGCUGAUGACUUCGACGCCUUCCUACCCUGGGCCUGCACGCAGCUGCAGGUCCACGCUACCCUCGAUAUCGUCAGGGUAGUUCAGAAUGAAUACGUAAGCAUGGCAUACACAGACAGAUCGAAAGCGAAGAGCAAAAUAAGUCGUCACAAAAUAACUCCAUCAAAAGCUGAUGUGACAUCAGUACUGAACAAAGAGGACAAAAGUGCCAAUACCCUCGCGGGCUGGGUGGUCUCAGAGAAGAUCGUUAGGAUAAUCACAAUAUACGACAGUGCAGACAACCUUACGCAAAUAAAGUUUGACAACAACUAUCAUGUACCUCAAGUUAUCGUCAAACUGAUCGGCAUGAUUAUUCAGUUCCAGACAAAUUUAACAACUUUCACCAUCAAUAGAGGUUUAACUGCUUCCAUCAUUUACGAAAUGUUCAAAUUCUUACCCAAUUCGCAUAUCACUGACAUUUGUUUGGACAAUACGUUUUUACAACAGGCCAAUUACCACAUCUUGCUUGAUAACCAAAGCUGUUUGCGUCAUCUAUCAUUAUCGCGAUGUAAAAUUGAUGACAUAGUGGUAGAUAAUAUAGCUUCAAGACUGCGUCAUCCGUCACCAGCAUCAAAAACUUUGAGCCUGUUAAAUUUAUCUUCGAACAAGAUCACGGAUUUGGGCGCUAAGUACAUAGGAGAAGCGCUUAGGUCUAACAGACAGUUGUGUUACCUUAACUUGGCUAGCAACUCCAUAUCUGAUGAUGGAGCUACCUUCAUCCUUAAUAGCCUGACUGAGUUCCCUAUGACAUACGAAGAAGUUAUCCAAACUAGAACAAGACACGUGACUUAUUUGAAGGAGAAAAAUAACCUUAUAACUAAAAUGAUGAAGGAACUGAAAGCGGGUGAUAUUGACAGGAAACCCCUGAAGAAAAAGGUGCCCAGACCGACAUCGUCGGCUUCAGGGAAGAAAGGAAAAAUGGAUAGGGAAGGUUCGCUUAAAUCCAUACCAGACUCGAAAAGUUUAGGUAAUGUUGAAGCUAUUUUUUAUGAAAAAGCAACCAAUAUGGCGGAGGCAGCGAUUGGCGAAUUCACAGACCCGUUCUGUGCAACAGAGAUAAAUUCGAAAGAAGGCGUCGCAUACUCCUUUGGGAACAACACACUGAGCUACAUAAAUUUGGCGUAUAAUAACCUCAGCUAUUUUACUCUGAGAAAGUUAUUAAGCGUCCUGUUAUACCAGAAAUGCCUGAACAGAAAGCCCAGGGGAAUUGUAAACGUGUGCAUUGAAGGUAAUUGUUUGCCACACACUUGCAGGGAAUUAAAACAGCUGGACGAAGUGUUGGAAAUGGGCCUGCUGGCCAGUAGAAGGCUUUCAGCGGUGUCGAAGAAGAGACCGCAGUCUAGAAGCGGCAAAUAG